UUGAAUUUAUGAGUAGAUUUUCCUGAACGGAUACUGAGAAAUAAUCAAAUGAAAAAAGUAAUAUUUAUCAUUACAACCCACUAGUUUACAAAUUGUUAAAAGUCGUUAUUCGUCAUACAAGAGACAGUAAUGGACCAAGGAAGAUGCAUCAGUUCCUCAAACGGCGAGUUCGAAUGUUGCUCUAAUUUCUAUCUGGAUUCAGACAUUUGUAAACCUUGUCCCCCUGGUACCUAUGGCGUUAACUGCUCCUUCAGCUGUCCCCGUCUGAUGUAUGGCGAUGGCUGUGGAUACAUAUGUAACUGUUCUCCAGAUCGAUGUGAUGCUGUCUAUGGCUGUGGUAUGACGACAACAUCAACAGACUCAUACAAACCAACAUCAACUGAAAGACCGGUGACAGUUUCUACUCAAUCAUUUCUCACACAACGUGUUGAGAUAACCGAAUCACCCUCCUCGACAAUCUCCACCCUAAGGGACACCGCUGUCAAUAUCAGAGAUGAGACUGAGCCGUUCCCGUACAGGGCAAUCAUCAUAGGAAUGGGUGUCGUGCUAUCUUUCUUUUUGGUAUUUACAUUCAUACAACUAUGUUCUAAAAUGCGGUCAAAGCGAAAGAGAAUCAAAUCGUCUGAAGAAAGCGGAAUCUACCACGAAAUUCCUGCAGCAGAUGAGAGAGUACCACAGGAAAUUACCGAACAUUACAACCAAGUAACUGAACAAGGAAAUAUCAGCUCCAUUAAAAAACAAGAAAAUAUGACAAUACAAAAGACGCCAAACAGCGUCGGACCAUAUAGACCACCCCUCUAUGAUGAUAUUAAGCAAGAAGAGUUUAACCCAUCAAUGUAUGAAAAAUAUUUGCAUGAUAUGUAUUUAACAGUUGAAGAAGCAAAGAAAGACGAAACAGAUUUAAGUUCCGAUUCAGAAAUCAGAGAAUCAUACCUAGAGCCGAUAUCAAAACAAGAAACGCACUUUUAUACACAUGUGAUGGGGAUUUCAAAUGAUACAACAUCUAGUGCAAAUACAGAACGGGACAAGGAUACUUCAAUGCAUUCAGAUUGUGAAGAUAAUGAUGCAUCGGUCAAAAAUGCAAGUCCAAAGGAUAAUUUGGAACAACAGGAACUUUACUUACAAGUUAUUCAAAUAUGACUCUCUACCUUUUUGUUUGCUUUUAUAUGAUUUUCAUCAUACAAAUCAAAUUUCCUUCA